AGCCAGUUGCCGCUGUGACUUAAGUUGACACUUGACGGUCGACGGACUUAACACAAUUAGUAUAAUAUUAUUAAUUAUUAUAUUUCUACAUUCCAAUAAUCGUUCUCUAAUACCUUAUCGCAACUUGAGCUUAAUAUAUAUACUAGCUCAUUCAUAUUAUAAUUUAUAACCUAACGAGAAAGAGUUCUUCUGACCCAAAAUGUCGGAAGAAAUUAAUGUAUAUUUUGAUUUUGCUCUUGAAUUAGUGAAAACGGCAGGAAACCUUAUUAUAGAGUUCAGGAACGGUUGCAGUCAUUUCGAACAAAAAUCUUCUGACAUUGAUUUAGUCACUGAAGUUGACAAAAAUGUGGAAAAAACUUUAAUUGAUGGGCUAUCGAAAAAGUUUGCGACGCAUAAGUUUAUUGGUGAAGAAUCGGUAGCUGAUGGUGCUAAAUGUAUUCUUACGGAUGACCCUACCUGGAUUAUAGACCCUGUUGAUGGUACGUUAAAUUUUAUACACGGAUAUCCUCAAAGUUGUAUUUCUGUAGGCUUAACCAUUAAUAAAGAAGCUGUUCUUGGUAUUAUAUACAAUCCCAUUUUAAAUCUUUUAUAUACUGCGAAAAAGGGCCAAGGAGCUUUUUUGAAUAGUAAGCAAAUAACUGUUUCAAAGACUAAAGCAUUAGAUAAAGCAUUGAUAUCAUUUGAAGCUGGUACCUCCCGGGAUGAGGAGCGGAAAAGAGUGAUGUUUGAGAAUUUUAAGCUUUUAGUUGAAAAAUGUCAUGGAGUAAGAACUGUAGGUUCUGCUGCAAUGAAUAUGGCUAAUGUAGCCCUCGGUGGAAGUGAUGCAUAUUUUGAAUUUGGGAUCCAUGCUUGGGAUAUUGCUGCAGGAGAUAUCAUAGUGCGGGAAGCUGGAGGAGUAUGCAUUGAUCCUUCAGGAGGCCCAUUUGAUAUUCUAUCUCGUAGGGUUCUGUGUGCAUCUUCAGCUGAACUAGCACAGGAAUUGGCUACAACAUUGAACCAGUUUUACCCUGAAAGAGAUUAGAUUAUCUGAUAUGUCUCCUUAAAAUUAAAGUGAUCUGAAAUAUGUUUAAAUAAGCUAUUUUGUUUGUUACUCAAUUUAUGAUAGAUUAUAUGAUUUUAUUUUACUUAAUGUACCCUUAGUAUUUUAUUGAUUUACCAUAGAAAUAUAUACUGUUUGUCACAUUCCUAUGACAUCUUAGAUACCUACUUAACAUAUUAAUUAACAUUGUACUUGUUUCUAGUAUUACAUUUGUAAUUUGUAUAGUAUUAACUGCUGUAGAAAUAUCAGUAUUUUAUUAUAUUUCGACUAUCAUGUAUUUUGUUCAAAAUAAAAUAUAUUUUGUAAAUCUUCCUAUAUAUAAAAUAUGUGUACUUAAUGUUACUAUUUACCAAAGAUAAAUAAAACAAGAAAUCCCAUUAAAUCUAUAUUUCCUUAUACAUAAAUACUUAAAUGUAAAUGUUAAAAACAUUGUCGUCAAAUAUACAUUUUAAAAAUUGAAA